AGGAAUGCGAUUACGUGGUCUUUAUCAAAAGAAAAAAACCACUCCUUCAGUUUCGAAUCAAAAGAAGAAAAGUGAUACUGAAGUGAAAGCAGAGCCAAGAUCAUGCACUUCAACUGUAAAUAUUCCAAAUACGUUGAACGGCUCUUUAGUUGAGUCUCAAUCUAGUAUACCAUCAGCAGUUGACAAUGUUGCUGAAGAUCGUUAUAAUCAUGUUAAUGAAAAAGUAAACUUCAUUGAAAGCCAAGAGUCUUACAUUGCAGAGGAAGCCGAAGAAAGUAUGAAUCCUAAAUCAGACUGGACUCACAGAGUGAGUGAAAUCCACCAAGACUGGGCAUCUGUUAAGCAGAAUUUUCUUGAAGCUUUCGUCUGUUCACAACGUUUUGUAGCUUCUUGGUGUGCUGAUUGCCAAGAUCCAGUCUUGCAGCACUACAUUUGCUGUAGCAGUUGUAGAAAGAAGAGAUGUGAAAAAUGUGAUCAACUAUUUCACAAAUCAGAACCAUUUCACCUGCGUACCAUGUACAAUGAAGAUACUUCCAUGAUUCUCAAGCCAGAAGAAUUUAUCUCGUGUGGUGAUGUUGUGACUUGUGAUAUCCCAGUUCCUUGCUUCUCAGCCUCAUUUGAUUGCAAGAAGUGUAAGUGUUUAACAGCUUAUACAGUUACAGCUGGUAAAAAGAGAGUAGUAAUCAUUACAAAAGACGGUAUGUGCAGAUUUGAUCUUCAUUUACCACAGUUUACUUGUGCUGAAAUGCUCAAAUGGUGCAAGUCUUAUGAUCAAGGUGCUAAUCUCAGAUACCCAAAGAAGGCGCUUCCUUUGAUCGAAAACUAUGCGGUCAUUGAUUGCAUGGAUAUUAUAAAAUCUCCGUUCGCAGAAGGUGACGAUUUCACGGACGACUUUAAGGAAAAGGAAGAAGAUCUAUUGGACGGAUUGGGGUCGGGCGUUGAAGAGUUUGAAGACGAAGGAGACCUCGGACAAGCAACUGAAGAUUGCGAUUCGUGCGAUCUUAUAAGCCAAGGAAAGUUGCUCAAUUUUCACUAUUUACCCCUCAAUUAA